UUACCAUGUAUUGGUAAUAUAAAUAUUAUAAAUAAAAUUCAAAGUACAACUGGUUCAACAUGUUUACAUGUCGCAUGUUAUUAUGGACAUCGAGAUAUGGCGAAAAUAUUAUUAGACUAUGGUGCAUUACAUUCAAUAAGAAAUUUAAGACAUAAUUUAACACCUUUUGAAGAAUGUUAUAGAGAAGAUAUAAAAGAGCUAUUUUUAGAACAAACAAAAUCAUAUACAAAUAGUUUUGAUUAUGAUUAUAUUGAAUGGUCAAUGACUGGAGAUGAUCUUCUUAAAAAACGACGUGAAUAUCGUCAAGCAAUUGAUGUUUAUAAAACAUAUGAUAAUCAUUAUUUAAUAUCAAAAUUAUUAGCUGAAGUUAUUCAUUAUUAUUUGCAUGAAUAUCUUUUGAAUGAAAAAAAUAAUAAUGAUGUAUUUUAUGAUAAAACAAUUUGUGAACAAAUUGAAACUAUCGAAGCAUAUUUUAAAGAAGCUAUAGAAAAACACGAUUAUUUAACAUAUUUUAUAAAAGCUUAUACAUUAACAAAUUUCUUUUAUAAAGUAUUAAAUAAAGAUUUAGCAAUGUAUGUCUUAGAAUAUUUUGAUACAACAAAAACAUUUUCAUCAAAUUAUCGUCUUGUUAAUUGUCUUGUUCAUCUUGUUACACUUUUAAUUUAUCAUCCAAAUUUUUCCAAAUAUCAAUAUCAAGGAAUAUGUUAUCGUGGAAUGAGAAUAACACAAAAUGAUUUCAAACAAUAUCAACUAAAUCAACAUAUAUUAAAUCGGGCAUUUUUAUCAACAUCGAUUGAUCGAGAAAUUGCUGAAAUGUUUGCUGGUGAAGGUCAACAAUCUCAAAUGAGAUAUACACCCUAUGAUCAUAAUCCAUUACAAUAUUCAUGUUUAUGUCAAUAUUUAAUCAAACAAAAUUCAACAGCAAUUAAUAUAGAAAGUUUAUCAACAAAACCAGAUGAAAAAGAAAUCUUGAUUAUACCAUUUACAGUUUUUAAAAUAAUCGAAAUAAAAAAAAACUAUCUUGAAGAUUUAGAAGCAUCGAUUUCAAUUGAAAUUCUACUAGAAGAAUGUGAAGAUCAAAAUGAAAUUGAAAAUAAUGAAACAUCAGAAAUAUUGACAUUAUCUUCGUUUGAUAAUGAUAUUAAAGAUACAAAAAAAUAUAUUAAAUUUAAAAAACAAAAAUUUGUUCUGCGUAAUAUUAUUAAACCAAUGAUAUCAAUAACAAUAUUACUUUUAAUUUUUAUAUUUAUUUUUACUUUUAUUAUUCCAAAAAUUUUAUUGAAUAAUCUUGGAUAUAAUGUAACAUCUGAAUUAAACAAAGAUAAUAUUGGUGGAUAUGAAUUACUAUUAGGUUGUCCUAAUAUACUAAAUCGAUCCACUUGGAAUGCUCGUGCAUAUUUAACUCGAAUGAAUUUAAAAGUAUCACCAGUUACAGAGAUUGUUACAAGACAUUUAACAGAUUUGAAACCAAUUAUGAAUCAGCAAGAUUGUAUUAAAAAAAUAAAAGAUCUUCAAGAUUUUCAAAUGAAUAUACGAGGUUGGGCUGAUAUUGGCUAUAAUUUCUUAAUAUGUAGUGAUAAUCUUGAUCAACAACAAAUCUAUAGAGGUAGAGGUUGGACAUAUACUGGUGCACAUUGUAUUGGUUAUAAUUUUCAAUCUUUAGGUAUUGCUAUGUUGGGUAAUUACAAUAGUCGCAAAUCUUUACAUACAUUUAAAUCAUUAAUUCAAUGUGGUAUAAAGAAGAAUUUUAUU